UAUUAACCAUCCACCAUCCUUCUCCUUCUCCUUCUUCAUCUUCUUCUUCUUUCUUUUUUCUUUCAUUAUUCUCUGGUAAAUUUCUGAUUCCUCAAUGGAGGACCCAGCCGCCGACGCCGCGGGCAUUAACAACGCUGAUGCUGAACCCUUCAAGAUCUUCAUAGGAUACGACUCACGCGAAGAUAUAGCCUACGAGGUAUGUCGCUACUCCAUUCUGAAACGCGCCUCCGUCCCCGUGCAAAUCACGCCCCUCAAGCUCUCCGAUCUGAGAAACCAAGGCCUGUACUGGCGGGAGCGAGGCAAGCUCGAAAGCACCGAGUUCUCUUUCUCUCGUUUCUUAACCCCAUACUUAGCCAAUUUCCAUGGCUGGGCUCUCUUCAUCGACUGCGACUUCCUCUUCCUUUCCGACAUCAAACACCUCGUCGACCUCGUCGACGACAAGUACGCCGUCAUGUGUGUCCACCACGAUUACACUCCGACGGAAGCCACCAAGAUGGACGGCGUCGUUCAGACGGUAUAUCCUAGGAAGAACUGGUCAUCCAUGGUUCUCUACAACUGUGGACAUCCCAAGAACAAGGUUUUGAGUCCAGAAGUUGUGAACACCCAAACGGGGUCUUAUCUUCACAGGUUUCAGUGGCUUGAGGACGAUGAAAUUGGGAGUGUGCCUUAUGUGUGGAACUUUCUGGUGGGUCAUAAUAAGGUUGACGACAAAGAUUUGAAAAACAGUUUUCCUAAAGCUGUUCAUUACACACUUGGUGGUCCUUGGUUUGAGGAUUAUAAGGAUUGUGAGUUCGGGGACUUGUGGGUGAAAGAGAUGGAAGAGUACAAGAAAACUUUAUGUGUUAAUUAGAUUUUGAAACAGCUUAUGGAUUUGAAGAAUCCAUGGAUCUUGAAUCGAUCACUCUCUGUCUGGGUAUGUGCAUAGUUGAUGAGGAGAGAAUUAUCAUGUUCAAAUAAAGUUAUUCUAGAGGUGUGUCUCUGUGUAAAAGGGAUUGUACUGUGAACUUUCCAUAAAUAAAAUAAAGUGCCUUUCUCAGUGUUUGCAAAAUUUGCAGCGAGUUGUAA